AAACUGUGAUAAUGGGAAUUUCCCAUGUAAGCAGGUGAUUCUAUAGACACUGGCAUAGGAGGCUACAUGAUUAGCUCAAAGUCAGGAAUUUCAUUGAAAAGACCAGAUCAGGUUGGCUCAACGUCAGGCAUUUCAUUGAAGAAUCCAGAUCCGCUUGGUUCAAAGUCAGGAAUUUCCAUGAAAAUACCACAUCAGACUAGCCCAAAGUCAGGAAUUUCAUUGAAAACGCCAGGUCAGACUGGGUCGAUGUCAGGACUUUUGAAGAAGAAGACAGAGCAGCAAGGAAUGAAGUCAGGAAUUGUGAAGAUGGGAACAGAUCUGGUUGGCUCAACGUCAGGAAUUUCAUUGAAGAAUCCAGAUCCGAUUGGUUCAAAGUCAGGAAUUUCCAUGAAAAUACCACAUCAGACUAGCCCAAAGUCAGGAAUUUCAUUGAAAACGCCAGGUCAGGUUGGCUCAACGUCAGGAAUUUCAUUGAAGAAUCCAGAUCCGAUUGGUUCAAAGUCAGGAAUUUCCAUGAAAAUACCACAUCAGACUAGCCCAAAGUCAGGAAUUUCAUUGAAAACGCCAGGUCAGGUUGGCUCAACGUCAGGAAUUUCAUUGAAGAAUCCAGAUCCGAUUGGUUCAAAGUCAGGAAUUUCCAUGAAAAUACCACAUCAGACUAGCCCAAAGUCAGGAAUUUCAUUGAAAACGCCAGGUCAGGUUGGCUCAACGUCAGGAAUUUCAUUGAAGAAUCCAGAUCCGAUUGGUUCAAAGUCAGGAAUUUCCAUGAAAAUACCACAUCAGACUAGCCCAAAGUCAGGAAUUUCAUUGAAAACGCCAGGUCAGACUGGGUCGAUGUCAGGACUUUUGAAGAAGAAGACAGAGCAGCAAAGGAUGAAGUCAAGAAUUGUGAAGAUGGGAACAGAUCUGGUUGGCUCAACGUUAGGAAUUCCAUUGAAGAAUUCAGAUCCGCUUGGUUCAAAGUCAGGAAUUUCCAUGAAAAUACCACAUCAGACUAGCCCAAAGUCAGGAAUUUCAUUGAAAACGCCAGGUCAGACUGGGUCGAUGUCAGGACUUUUGAAGAAGAAGACAGAGCAGCAAGGGAUGAAGUCAAGAAUUGUGAAGAUGGGAACAGAUCUGGUUGGCUCAACGUUAGGAAUUCCAUUGAAGAAUUCAGAUCCGUUUGGUUCAAAGUCAGGAAUUUCCAUGAAAAUACCACAUCAGACUAGCCCAAAGUCAGGAAUUCCAUUGAAAACGCCAGGUCAGAUUGGCUCAAAGUCAGGCAUUUCAUUGUCCAGACCUGAACAGAUUAGCUCCAAGUCAGGAAUUUCGAUGAAAAUACCAGAUCAGAUUAGCCCAAAUUCAGGAAUUUCAUUGAAAAUACCAGAUCAGAUUGGCUCAAAGUCAAGCAUUUCAUUGUACAGAUCAGAACAGAUUAGCUCCAAGUCAGGAAUUUCGAUGAAAAUACCAGAUCAGACUGGGUCGAUGUCAGGACUUUUGAAGAAGAAGACAGAGCAGCAAGGGAUGAAGUCAGGAAUUUUGAAGAAGGGAACAGAACCGAUUAGCCCAAAUUCAGGAAUUUCAUUGAAAAUACCAGAUCAGAUUGGCUCAAAUUCAGGCAUUUCAUUGAACAGACCAGAACAGAUUAGCUCAAAGUCAGGAAUUUCAUUGAAAAUACCAGAUCAGAUAGGGUCAAGGUCAGGAUUUGACAGGAGGAGUUUAAGUCAGCUCCCUGAAUUCAGAAACGUGUCGACACUGUACUUAGAAGUAGUUGAGGAAGAGGGUAACUGUCUCAGGCUUGUGAACUCUUUUUUCAGCAGGGAACUGAAAAUUUUUGGUAUCACCGAGAUAAUGAUUGGAAUUACUCAGGUGGUGUUCGGUAUACCCUUGAAUUUCACUGAAACUUACAUCUUUGCUGUUUUAAUUGGGAUUCCAUGGUGGACUGGAGUUUUGUAUAUCGUAGCAGGAUCACUGGUGGUGGACAUUAUAAACACAGCGAAUAUCCACCUUAAACAAGCAAUAAUACUGAUGCACAUAGUCAGCUGUAUAGCAGCUGUGGUCGGUACAGGAGUUUACCUUAUCUCACUCAACUUGAUGGAACCACUAACCUCAAGCUUUUACUUUUUGGGGCCAUUGAUGAUGGUCUUCUUCCUCUUGGUAUUGUGCUUCCUGGAAUUCUUCAUUGCCUUUAUCAUUUUAUUCCUUCACUGUUCAGUCCUCACUCAGAGGCCCAGAGCCAGGAGAUCCCAUCCACAUUUCCGACGUCCACGUUGAAUGUUGCCAUCAGAAGAUCCUGGAAUGAUCAGUUUUCUGUUCAGAAUUGAAGAUGGAGAAAGCAGCUCCCUCCUGAAGGCCGUGGUGGCCAUUUGGCUUGGGACAUUCCUCAUUCUGUUCUGAAACUGUCACCAGCUGUACAUCUUCCGUUUCAGUUCAAAGUUGCCUCUGCUGUUGAAGUGAUGAGCCUGCGAUUAGAGGAUCUGGGAUCAUUGAACAGGGAAGGAAGAGGUUAAAAAAUGAACAGGCCACAUGACCCCCUUGAGUCACAGGGAUCAUGGCUAACCUCUCCGAACUGAUCCCCCUCGACCUCUUGAUGUUGUCAAGAUGAACCCUUCGUGUAAAGUUGGCCAAGAGGAUCGGAGUCACUGAAAAUGCCUCUUUUAUUGAUCAGGGACCUUUCUGCAAUGCCCCAAAUGAUUUCCAAACAUGUUCCUGAUAUGUUUUUAGAUGCUGGAUAGUGUCUGCACGCGGUUCUCUACAGUAACAUCGCACACUGAUCACAGAAUGAUACAGCUCAGGAGGGGCACAUUUACUUAGCUUUGGGCUUGUUGAAGAGUUGUCGAAUUGGUCCCAGUGUUUUAAUCAUUUCAUUUGGUAAGGUCCCAUUGAAUUAGUUUCCAUUGAGCUUUCAGUGAGUGUGUUCCAGACCACUGAAACUGCCAGUGUGAAGAAGGAUGCCAUCAUGUUAGCUUUGGUUAAUUUAACAAUUACCUUCAAUGAAUGUUGUCUGUUUUGAACCUGUGGUCACUGAAAGUAGGUCCUUCCUGUUCACUCUGUGAAAAGUUUCCUGAUUUUGAACAGCUCACUUAGAAGUCUCCUCCCUCUUGUCUGUUCUUUUCAAGUCUCACCCCUGUAAAUUUUAGAUUAUACAUUAAACCCGAAUCCUAGCUUCUGUUUUGUUUUGUUUGAGACUUUAACCAUUUCCAGGCAGUAGGAUGCAGCCUGGUGACAUGACUUGAAGUUAUAAAGCAAUGCUUCAUAAACCAGAGCUUUGAAUUGAAGGGCAUACUCCAGCUUUGCUUUCCAGUUCGGCUGGGGUGCAACGAGUUAACACUAGAUCUCUGGACCCACUCCCAUAGCAUGAGGUCCUUGCGUUUGUCACUGGACAACAGCCCAUAUUAAGCUCAGCUUCAAACUUCAAACUCAGCAUGUGCUGUGGUCACUGAAAACUGCUGCCUGCUAACCUCUAUUCCUGAGUCACACCCUAUUGUAACAUCAGUGACGUUAUUGCAUUCUAAUUGGCCUGGGUUUUGCUCGUUUCUAGUUGGCUUAAGGAGUGUCUGAUCAAUCUAUGAUUGGUCCCUAAGGGUGAUAAACAAUGCCUGAUGUCACCUGCUGUGACUUACUUCCAGACUAUAAGAAAUAGGAACAAGAGUAGACUGUUUUUCCCCUCUAGCCUGAUCCAUUGCUCAGUAGGAUCAUAGUUGUACCAGCAUUCCUCAUGUCCACUUUCCUGCCCUUUGUCCAUAACCCCUUGAUUCCCUAACCAAUCAAAAAUCUGCCUAUCUCAGUGUAACAUGCACACUAGGUCUCUGCACGUUCCUAUCAACUCCCCCACCACCACCACAACAGUUCUCUAUGGUGGGCAGUUCCAAAGACACUCAACCCUCUGAGAGAAGAAGUUCCCCCUCAUCUAAGACUCAAAUUGGUAUUUUUUUUUCCUGUGCGCGCACUGUCUGGUUCUAGACUCUCCCAAGAGGGGACAAGUCCCCUCAGUAUUCACCAUGCCAAGCCUUUUAAGAAUGCUGUAUGUUUCAAUGAGAUCACCUCUCAUUCUUCUCAACGCCAAUGAGUAGAGUCUCAAGCUGUUAAAACCUUUAUUCAGAAGAUAAUCCCUCCAUAUGGGAAUCAUCCUAGUGAGGCUGAUUGAUUCCUUAAGGUAUCUAUCUGUGGAUCCAUCUCCUUCAGUUUGGCCUGUUAAUGUUUCUUUCCUAUUUUCCGAGGGUAUUUUCCAAUGUUUCCUGUGCCCGGUUGUUCAGGUCAGGGGCUGGUAUGCUGCUGUGUCCUUGUGAUUGAAAUUCUGAACUUAAUUUCUCUUUUUGUUUAACGGGCAAGUUUCUAAUUCUGUCAAAAACCUAUCACUGACAAUUUUCAGAGACCAUUUUUUAGUUGGUGUCUUUUCUGUCUGUGGUUGACAGUUCCCUGGAUGAUUUUCCUCCUUUUUAAAUCUAAUGUCAUGGAAAAGAUAAAACAUUUGAAGGAGAUCACAAAGUACAAAUAGAAAUUACAAAGUAGUGGUAGCAUUAUAAUGUGUAUAAAGUGUAAGCAGUGUACAAAAGGUAAUGUAGGGAGAUUUUUGUGCACAGUAAGUGAGUACAUUUUCUUGAGUGACUAAAGUUUAAAAGAUUAUAGUUAUGGUCUUAAAUGUAGAUUGUUACAAAAUUGUCUGAAAAAAUAAUACAUUUCCCCAAUCUCUUCUGAAACGUACCAAAUUAAAACAAAGCCAUUGUGGAGUACAGCUUUUAUUUCUUCGUUCUCCCUUCCUGCAAUAAAUCCUUCCUAGGCUUCCAUUGUUGACGAAGUCAAAUCUUCCCAAUAAGUACUAAAUGAGCUAAAAGCUCUCUGUUCAGCCUUACAGUUCUUGCACUCUGCCUGUGAGAGGCUGAAACAAACUGAACAGGAGGCCUCUAAUUAAUUCACUGGUGUGUUAUAUUCUGUUCAGAGUACCAUAUCGAAUGAAGCUAAAUGGUGUGACAGUGUCAGUUACUUGAUAAAUUACCCCAAACCCCUCGAGUAGAUUAUAAUCUAUAACUCACUUCCUGUUAUAUGUUGUGCUGUGUAUAAACUUGCUGCUGACAUCACCAGAUUCCAGCCUCCAAGUCGGUACUAACUAAAUGGUCAAAUAUUGAAUCAGUGAUUCAUCCAGCUUCACACUUUGUUAUCUUGGUCAAAUAUUGAACCGGGGUCUGCAGGUUAAUUUCUGUACAUUCGGUUUCUCCAAAGAACAUCAGACUUCGGAAUUCUGUCAGUUUUAUGGAGUGCAGCUCACUUUUGCAAGGUCUGAUAGGAAUGGUGGAUCAAUGUAAGUUUACAUCAGAGGCAGGAUAUGCAAGUUUCAAUUAAUUAAGAUGCAAAUUUCAGACUGCUGAAACCUACUACCUUCAGAUAAUUAAAUGUUUCAGCAGAGUCUGAUGAACUUUCCAAUCUUGAAACAGGCAGCAUGAUAGGAAUAUAUAAUAGAUGUGAUUUCUGGUGUGAGACUGAAUUGUACGUGUCAGGCCUUGUUCAGAAUCUGUCUGAGUUUUAGACUGGAAUCAGUUUUGUUUUAUUACGAUCAGAGGAAUUUAUGAAGUUCUUCACUGUGCCACUGUGACUUCUAAUCUUGUGUUGCCUAAAACUAAAACAAAUGGAUCUGUAAAUAAACAAAACUCCUGGACCCAUAGAUACAUGUGUAUCAUAGAGUCAUACAGCGCGGAUACAGUCCCUUUGGUCCAAUCAUUCCAUACCAACCAUAAUCCAAACUGAAAUUGUUCCCCACUUGCCUGCACAUGGUCCAUAUC